UGAUUAGGCGAUCUUUACCAGCCACGUGGUAUGCUUCUCAGCUUUUCAAGGCUUUUGUAAGUCUUUGUAAUGUUUUCUAGCAAGUCUCCUUCGUCCAAGGCUCGGACUAAAAAGCCCUUGUCCCGGAAACAGCGGAGAAAACAAGAGAGAGCUGACAAAAAGCAAAAGAAAACUGGUCAAUUUCUGAAAAGCCAAGAGUUUAUACUCCAACCUUCCUCGGCUUCUCCGGCUCCAAAAAAGAGCUCCACUCAUCAGAAUGAUAGAAAACGUCCCAUACCUUCAAAGCCCAAAGUGUCCCAUUCAGAGCAGCACGAGUCUGGUCUAGCCAGGCUGCAUCGUAAGAGGACUGUGGAGGUCCCCAACACACGGGACGAUAUCGAGAUAUCAAGAUUGGAGAAGCUACUCAAAAUUAAGAAAAAGAAAUUACCCACGUCUUUCAAAGAUGAAGGAUUGGAUUAUAUUCUGGACCUCACUGACAAGUCGGGACAGUUUGACUGGGGGACACUGAGCUCAGGCAGUGACCGUGACAACUGUGAUUCUGAACCUGAAGAAAUCUCACAUCCUCGAAAGAAACGUAAGUCCACAAAGACCUCGCCUCACAAGGACACAACACCGUCCUCUGAUAAAACUGGCCACAAAACUGUAAGAUUUGAUGUUCCCUACGAAAGCGAUGCAGAGGGGUCAGAGGAUAACGAGGGGACAGAGGACAACGAGGGGACAGAGGAUAGUGACGAAUAUGCAGAUAUUGGAAAUGAAGACUGUGAUGGUUCGUCUGAUACCAUGGACGAGAGUGAUCUCGAUCUCGAUGGAGAGACUGAUAUCAAUAUCAAUGAAGUUAAAAUCAGUGAUGCUGUUGAUGCUAGUGAUGGCGGGAAGUCUUGUGAGGAUGGUGGGGUCAAGUAUGUUCCUCCUCACAUGAGAGUAAAGCUUGGAGAUAAAGACAGAGAGAAGAUUGCCAGGCUUCAGAAACAAGUUCAAGGUCUUGUCAACAGGUUGAGUGAGGCUAACAUGAAGUCCAUCACAACCCAACUAGAACAGCUGUACAGGGAACAGAGCAGAAAUGACAUGAACUCGGUCCUCAGUGAUGUGUUGCUGAGACUGUGUGCGACAGCUGCCAGACUCACCGACCGGUUUGCCAUGGAACAUGCCAUGUGUGUAGCUGUACUACACUCUCAUGUCGGACAGGAAGUGGGUGCCUUUAUGGUUCAAAAGAUGGCUCAAAGACUCGAUGUUCUUCUCAAGGAAUCCCCACACACCUACUCCACGAAGGAGUGCUCGUGUGUGCUCAUGAUUAUUUCCAUUCUCUAUAAUUACAGGGUGAUCCACUGUGGUUUGAUAUACGAUAUCAUCAGACGGUUAUUAGAAGCCCUCUCAGAGAGAAAUAUCGAACUGCUUCUAAUAUUACUAAAACAUACGGGUAUGGAGAUAAGAAGAGAUGAUGCGUCUUCACUGAAGGACAUUAUUUUGCUGAUUCAGCAGAAAGCUGCUUCUACUGAGAGCCCAUUGGGACAAUCGUCACGAGUGAAGUUCAUGCUUGAGACGAUUUCAGCCCUGAAGACCAACAAUGCACGCAAGAUUCCGAACUAUGACCCCUCCCUUCUGGAGCACAUGAAGAAACUCCUGCGGGGGUCAGUAAGGUCAACUGCCUCUUUGGAUGACGGGCAACUGAAGGUCUCUUUCAGUGACCUGCUAAAAGCCGAAACUCAUGGUCGUUGGUGGAUUGUGGGUUCAGCCUGGUCUGGACGAGACUCCACCCCUCAUGAUGCCCCACUCCCGCAAGUCCACACGGAGACAUGGGUACUGGAGUUAGCUCGUAGGCAGAGGAUGACCACUGACAUCAGGAAGACAGUGUUCUCUGUCAUUAUGACCAGUGAGGACUUUGCUGAUGCAUUUGAGAAGCUAGUUAAGCUGGGAUUAAAGGAGGUACAAGAGAGGGAGAUGAUCCAUGUGCUGCUCGACUGUUGCCUUCAGGAGAGAGCUUACAAUCCUUACUAUGCAUUCUUGGGGCAGAAGCUCUGUGAAUACAACCACAGUCAUCAGGUGACAUUUCAGUAUUCUCUGUGGGAUCGUUUCAAAGUGUUGGAGUCUUCGUCCAAGCUCAAUAGAGCCAACCUGGUCAAGCUGCUCUCUCACCUCAUCUCCACCAAAGCCCUCUCUAUUGCAGUGCUCAGGGUGGUGGAGUUUGUGGAGUUAGGUCCAAUUGGAGUCAAGUUUUACAAGUCGCUAUUGACUGGAUUACUGUGUGACCACCGACAAGAAACAGUGGUGGCUGUGUUUGCAAGAGUGACUCCAUUGACCCACCUGAAGGCAUUCAGGGACAAGCUACUAGUCUUCAUGACACAAUACUUAGUGAGAAAAAAUAGCUCUGUACUGUUAAAAGAACGAUUGGAGAUAGUAGAGAAAUCGAUGAGAACAGAUGGUCACUUAUUUUAAGCCAUUUUUGGAUACAAUAAUUAUUUUUGGUAAUGGCAUGCUUAUUUCAUGGAUUAAACUCUGUGUAAA